AUGAAGAUCUUCGCUAUCAUCCUCGCGCUCGCCGCCACCAUUGUGUCCGCCGCGCCCGCCGCCGACGAGGGCACCACGCUCGUGACCCGCGACGCAAACUGCGACUUCUGUUUGGAACGCUACAACUUCUGUCUCCAGGCCGGUUGCAAACAGACCUGCGUUGAGCAUGUGUGCCACGUCUACCGCUACCAGGGCCACGAGUGCAAGGACUGCGGUGGCGAUUUCGACAAAUGCCGUGAGAAAUCCCGAUACGCCUAG